AUGAGUGCGCCAGUAUACUAUGAAAUAUAUCGUAGAGCGACCAUUGGGACGACUUUGGCAGAUGCUUUAGACUCGUUGAUUACCGAUCAACAAAUCCAGCCCCAACUUGCUAACAAAAUUUUGAAUAAUUUUGAUAGAGUAAUUUCUGAUUUGCUCAAAAGCGAGCUGGGAAUUGCCAAGUCCAAGUUGACUUUUAAAGGAGAUUUACACACUUAUAGAUUCUGCGAUGAUGUAUGGACAUUCAUCAUCAAAAAUGUGUUGAUUAAAUUGACUGAUGUGUCUAAUUCUGGUGACAUGUUGAAUGACAAUGAACUCUCGGUAGAUCGGUUUAAGAUUGUGGCCUGUAAUGCUAGAAAGGCAGGAGAGUUGUAA